UCGACGAGCACAGCGCCAAUCCGAGCCUGAGUGAAUGCGCGCCUUUCUCUUGACCAACUUACGUCCUCACAUUGCUGUACGCCCACCAUUGACUGCAAUGGGCCGUCAUCGCGGAGGGAAGGAUAGCGCCGCGGCAAAGAAGCCUCCUCUUACGCAUUUUCUAUGCUUGCCUCUGGUUACAUCGGCAUCAAGACCACAGCUCGAGCAUGCUCUCCGAGCCUUCAUACAGGAUGUCUCCAGCACCUCAGCAAAUCCUGCCUCAUCUGCUGAGCAACAGGACGAUAUACCCUCGCCAAAUAUUCACCCGAAAGCCAUACGACCCACCGGUUCCUUGCAUUUGACAUUAGGCGUUAUGAGUCUAUCUCAGGAGCAGCUCGCCAGGGCCACAGAGUGCCUUGAUAAGCUUGAUUUCCCGUCUCUUCUGACUUCAGCUGAAUCAACAGCAACACAGGGCAUAACAAUCACUUUGCAGGGACUGCAGUCAAUGCAUACUCCGGAAAAGACUAGUAUACUGUAUGCAGAGCCGGCAGAUGCUACCGACAGACUCUAUCCCCUCUGCCUCGCUCUCCAGAAAAUCUUCAAGGAAGAAGGGUUCUUGGUCGAAGACGGCCGCCCUCUGAAGCUGCAUGCGACUGUUGUAAACACUAUUUGUGCAAAGGGCAAGAAGAAGCCUACGCAAAAGCCUGUCAGUAUUACGCCCGACGGACGUGUCCUCUCUGCAAGUGCAGGCGAAUCAUCUGAAGAUCGCUUGCAAGGCCAUGGUCCAACAGCGAACGCGCCUCUGAAGAUCGACUCUCGAGCUUUACUUGCCCGGUACAAGGACCACAUCUGGGCUUCUAUCGAACUGGACCGUGUAGCGAUCUGCGAGAUGGGCACGAAGAAAAUCACCGCCACGGAUGGAACUAUUAUUGAUGAGCAAUACACCGAAGUCGCGAGUGCUCCUCUGCACCCGUAGGACAGUCGAUCAACGAGUAUGCCAGUCCUGAGUUGCGCCAUGUGCGACAGAGAAAAUGACACCGUUUUCAUAAUCUUCGACUUUGCAUAACAAUCCGGGUUGAAGUGAGCGCUGGCGUUAUGCAGUAGGGAGAACAUGGAACGAAUCCCGUGCGAGUGCGCGGCAGGGUUUGCGAUAGCAUUUCAACCACAACGUGCUAGACACGAGAGGCGCUACUUGAGUCUCGACUCUCGACUGCUCGCUGA